GCAAUUGCGUGACAGAGUGCUGAAAAAACUUAAUCUUCCAAAUUUUUACGAAAACAAUUUAUGAAAAAUGGGUUCUCGUAAUGAGUGUCGAAUUUAUGUUGGCAAUCUGCCUCCAGAUAUUCGCACAAAGGAUAUACAGGAUCUGUUCCAUAAGUUUGGCAAAGUCACUUUUGUUGACUUGAAAAAUCGGCGUGGUCCGCCAUUUGCAUUUGUGGAAUUUGAAGACGCGCGCGAUGCCGAUGAUGCUGUAAAGGCGCGUGAUGGGUACGAUUAUGACGGAUAUCGUUUACGCGUCGAGUUCCCGCGAGGUGGUGGACCAGGUAGCUAUCGCGGCAAUAAUCGUAAUGAUCGCAGCCGGGAUGGCGGUGGUGGACGUAUGGGUGGACGCGGACCUCCAGCGAAGCGUUCACAGUAUCGUGUUAUGGUUACUGGUUUACCUAGCUCUGGUUCCUGGCAGGACUUGAAGGAUCACAUGCGUGAGGCUGGCGAUGUUUGUUUCGCUGACACAUACAAAGACGGAUCCGGAGUUGUGGAAUUUUUGCGUCAUGAAGACAUGAAAUAUGCUAUUAAAAAAUUGGAUGAUUCACGUUUCCGUUCACAUGAAGGAGAAGUUGCCUACAUACGAGUGCGUGAGGAUAGUGGUGAAAAUGAUAGAGGCGGUGGUGGUAGCGGGGGCGGUCGGGAUUAUCGUGACAGGUCACGCUCACGUUCUUUUUCCUCACGACCACGUCGUCGUGGCACACCGACUUAUUCUCCGGUGCGUCGUCAAUCCUAUUCAAGGUCUCGCUCUCGCUCUAAUUAUUAAAUGCAACAGUCAUUAACUAUUACUUUUAAUAUUUCUUACGAGCAGGAAAAAUUAAAAAAGCAUUUUAGGCGCUCUGAAGAUCAAGAUCCCUCAGUUAUUAACCUCACGCUUGUGCAGACAAGUAAAAUAUUUUCAAAGCAUUAAUUACAUUUAUUUCAAGACAACAUUUAACUCAAGACUGGAGAACUCUAAAGCAAAUCGAAAACUAACAAAAUAAUUGAAAUAGGAAAACAGAGUAUCAUUACUUUGUUUUAAAAUGAACAGAAUUCUGACAAAUUGACUUGCAACAAAAUCCACACACAAUGUUCAAGGAAGUUAAGAACACAUUCCUUGUUUUCGUAUUUGGUUGUAUGCAUAAGGGAUAACUCCUGUAGAAAUAAUCUAACUUUCAAACAGCAAAUACCAACGGCAAAAUGAUUCACACAUCUAUUCAGAAUAAAAACACUUAUAUAUAAACUAAAAUUGGAUUAAAACGAUUAAUAUUUUAUUUUACUUUCUUCUCUUCCCCACUUUACGCGUUUAUGUUUGGAGUAUGAUGAGGAUUAUUGGAAAGGAAGGAGAAGGAUAAUUUUGAUGUUGAUGGUGGAUUAUAAAGGAGAAUGAGGAAUUUGGAUGAAAAUAGUAAAAAGGGCAGGAGGUUUGGAAAUUGUAUUUAAUGGUUUCAUAAUCAUUAGAAAAAUGGACCAAGAUAUAGUAAUCUUGAAAGGAUUUGGAUAUUAGGAUAUUAUCUAAGACCUUCCGCGUCCUGAUGAACACUUGUAAGUUCUAGGACAACGUGGGAAUUUUUUUCCACCACACGCACUCAGUGAAGGUGGAUCAUAUUUUGGAGCUACGUUCUACAGUAUAUCAUUUAUACUUCUCUAAAAUUUUAAUUUAGAGAAUAUGUGUUUUGGGAAUGUAAAUAAAAAA